AUGUCAGGACUAUCAAACACUCUAAAACGAGCAAGAACACCRUCGACCUGCACACUAUGUGCAAACCAUGGAAUUAGAUCACCUUCAAAAGGUCACAAGUAUGAGUGUGAAUUCAGCGAUUGUGAAUGCAAACUGUGCGUCAAUGGCCGAGAAAGACGCGAAAUUAUGAGAAAACAAGUGAAACUACGUAGGUAUCAAAAGAGGCUUUAYGACCGUCGGMCAYUGAUGGGAUCGAAAGACGGAGGAAUUCAAUGUGAUGCUUCUCAAAGAAUGGCUCCAAUAAAGAAUCAGCRUCCUCAACCUCAAGCACAUCAUAACAUUAGUCCAGGAUGUCCUUAUCCAACUUUACCACCACGCGUCAAUUUCCCUCAGAGGAACACCAAUCCACUUCCUUCACACUACUUAGACAUGUCUMCAGUACUACCAGGGAUUUCAACUUCACCGAAAAACAACAGCCCUGUACAUCGCAUUCGCCCUGUYAUCGCAGGAAGGCUCAGCGUUUCAGAUAACAGCGCUUUUGAUAGGAUUUUGCCGCAUGAGAAAUGCAAUUGGCGUGCGGUCAGCGAUUCUAAAGAAGCAGAUUUCGCAGUAGCAGCUCAUCUAAUAUAA